AUGGAUCUACUGGUCUCUUUGCGUUUCAGAAUGGAUAAAUCCUGGAUGAGUACUGAUAGAACGAAGAAACGUUAUAGAGAAGGAGUUGCGGCGUUUCUGCGGUAUGCUGUCAACCAUCUCAAGGAGGAGGGUGAGACAUAUGAUGAAUUUCUUAUGUUGUGUCCGUGUACAAAUUGUUUAAAUCUCUGUGCAUGCUCCGUUGGCGACGUAGAAGAUCAUUUAUUCGUAAAUGGAAUCGAUCAAACGUAUACUAUUUGGAAUAAGCAUGGGGAAAAGGAUGAGGCAAUAACUAGUAGUAAGCCAGUUAACGUCAACAAUGGUAUGCACGCUGAAUUUGAAAUGGGAACUCCCACUGAUGCUCCAGACGAAGAUUUUGGAAUGGGAACUCCCACUGAUGCUCCAGACACUAUAGAUAUGAUGCAGGCUGCAGAAGAGUUCGCAGAUGACCCUAUAAAGUUUAAAAAGUUACUUGAAAAUGCUGAAAAGCCCUUAUACGAAGGAUGUCCCAACUUCACAAAGUUGUCUGCAAUUGUGCAGUUGUUUAAGUUGAAGAGUAAGCACGGUGCAUCAGACAUGUUUUUUAAUGAAUUGUUACCCUUGUUAAAGGACAUGCUUCCCAAAGAAGGUAAUUUAAUGGCGAGGAGUACAUAUCAGGCAAAAAAAAUAUUGAAAUCAAUGGGUUCAGGGUACACAAAGAUACAUGCAUGUAUCAACAACUGCAUUCUUUAUUGGAAUGAGUACAAGGAUGAAAAAGUGUGUCCUACUUGUAAAGCACCCAGAUGGAAAGUUGACAGGGAUGGUAAAGUUUACGAGAAUGUUCCAGCAAAGGUAUUGUGGUACUUCGACAUCAUCCCAAGAUUUCAGCGGCUGUUUCAAUCGAAGCACACAGCAAAAGAUUUGAUAUGGCACGAUACCACUAGAAACAAAGACGGUGUUUUACGUCAUCCGGCAGACUCACAUGCUUGGAGAGAGAUAGAUAACAAUUUCCCAGAAAUUAAAGGUGAUCCAAGAAAUCUGCGGUUAGCUGUUUCGGCUGAUGGAGUUGAUGUAAACACAGGCACCAAACAUCACAGUGGAAAGAGAACAUGGGAUGCAUAUGCCCAAGAAAUGUUUACUCUACGUGCAGUUGUUUUGUGGACGAUAAACGAUUAUCCUGCUCUUGGUACACUAUGUGGUUGUCGCUACGCUGGAUAUCAUGGUUGUGUGGUGUGUCGUAAAAAAACGCACAGUAUUAGGCUUCAUGACUCAAACAAGAAUGUUUAUGUUGGUUAUAGAAGAUUUUUACCCUAUGAGCAUCCGUUCAGAAGGCAGAAGGGGGCAUUUGGCGGAAAACAAGAGUGGGAGACUGCUCCAGAACCAAUGACCGGGGAAGAAAUAUAUGAGGAGAAUGUGGGACAAAGUCUUGUUGGAACGUUGCUGCACAACGGGAAUACAAAAGAUGGAUUAAACGCCAGAAAGGAUUUGGUGCGUUUGGGGUUAAAAUCGGAGUUACACCCUAAGACAGAUGACAAAGGAACGAUACUUCCCGCAGCAUGUUAUACAUUAACUACGGAAGAAAAAGACAUAUUCUUGGAGACACUAUCCGAGUUAAGAGUUCCAGAAGGAUCAAUAUCUGCCAAAGAAAUCAUGGUGGAAGAGCUAGAUAAAUUGCAAGAGGAUCUCUGUGUGACGUUAUGCUUACUAGAGAAGGAAGUGAAGUUAUGCGGUCCGGUUUGCUUUCGAUGGAUGUAUCCUUUCGAAAGGUGUAUGAAGGUUAUAAAGGGGCAUGUGCGAAACAAGAAUCAACCUUGUGGAUGCAUUGCCGAAGAGAAUGUUGCAGAAGAGACGAUUGAGAUAUAUUGUGAGUACCAUAAAAGCAUCAGGACAAUUGGUAUUCCACUAGAUAGGCAUAAUACAUCUCAGGAGGGAGAACCGUUAUCAGCUGAAGAGCCGUGUAUAGUUACCCCUGAACAGUUGAGACAAGCACAUUUCUAUGUAAUGCAGAACACGCCUGAAAUUGAGCCUUACAUAGACCGACACAAGCUAUAUUUGGAAACUAACUAUUCUACUAAAAAGCGAGCAUGGCUAGAGAAAGAGCACUCUAACACUUUUGGCGCUUGGUUAAAAAAUGAGGUUGAAAAAGAGUUGGCAGACGACAGAGAAAGUAUCUCAGAGAACUUAAGAUGGAUAUCACACGGCCCGCACUACGAGGUAACGAAAUACACUGUAUAUCGCAUCAAUGGAUAUCUAUUCCGCACAAGAUCCCGUGAUGGUAGAAUUCACCAGAAUAGUGGGGUUAGCGUUGCAGCAAAUGACAUGCACAUAUCUAGAGAUGAUGAUGUUACAUAUGGUAAAGCCUCUUAUUAUGGUGUCUUGCAAGAGAUAUGGGAGUUAGAUUACUGUGAAAGAAAAGUUCAUCUGUUCAAGUGCAAUUGGGUUGAUAAUAAACGUGGGGUCAAAAGAGAUGCUCUUGGCUACAAGAUUGUUGACCUUACUAUGUUGGGAUACAAAAAUGAUCCUUUUAUUUUAGCCUCACAAGCUAAGCAGGUAUUUUAUGUCAAAGACCAGUUAGAUAAGAAAAAGUCUAUUGUUUUUGUGACACCUCCCAAAAAUUAUAGAGAUGACGAUGGCAACGAUGAGGAAUUCAGUACAGUAAUCUUUUCUGCGAAUGAUAAUAUCUUGCCGUCUGUAGAUCCACAAGACUUGGGUAAAGAAUCCCGAAAUGAUUACUUCCGAACUGACUGCCGAGGUUUACUUAUACGCAAGCCAAAAUGA